AUGCGCUUUACUCUAGCUACUGCUUUUGCCAUCCUUGCUGCUACUGCUGCUGCCAACCAGGCUGGCCCUGUUGACAACGAUAUCUCGACGCCUUCCAACGAUCAGGCUGGUGGAAUUAUUGAGCCUCUCGUCGAGACUACCGAGGAAUACGAUGAGGAGGAUAACCAGCGCGGCGGUCGCGGUCGCGGCAGCGGCCGUGGAAAGGACUUCCUCAGCGACCUGGGCGUCGAACUGAUUGGUACUGGUGUGGAGUCUGGUCUCAACGCUGCUAUCUACAACAAACGCAGCAUCGAUUAUGAUGAGGAGUACGAUGAGGAUGACAACCAGCGUGGUGGUCGCGGUCGUGGCAGUGGCCGUGGAAAAGACUUCCUGAGCGACCUCGGUGUCGAGUUGAUCGGCACUGGUGUUGGUGCCGGUCUUGAUGCUGCUAUCUACAACCAGCGUGGUGGUCGUGGUCGCGGCAGUGGUCGCGGCAAGGACUUCCUUAGUGAUCUGGGUGUCGAGCUGAUCGGCACUGGUGUGGAGUCUGGGCUCAAUGCUGCCAUCUAUAACCAGCGCGGCGGCCGUGGUCGCGGCAGCGGCCGUGGAAAGGACUUCCUCAGCGACCUGGGCGUCGAGUUGAUCGGCACUGGUGUUGGUGCCGGUCUUGAUGCUGCCAUCUACAACCAGCGUGGUGGUCGUGGUCGCGGCAGCGGCCGUGGAAAGGACUUCCUCAGCGACCUGGGUGUCGAGCUGAUUGGUACUGGUGUCGAGUCCGGCCUCAACGCUGCUAUCUACAACAAGCGUAGUAUCGACUAUGAUGAAGAGGACUAUGAGGAUGAUAACCAGCGCGGUGGUCGUGGUCGCGGCAGCGGUCGCGGCAAGGACUUCCUUAGCGACCUGGGUGUCGAGCUGAUUGGUACUGGCGUUGGUGCCGGUCUUGAUGCUGCCAUCUACAACCAGCGUGGUGGUCGUGGUCGCGGCAGCGGUCGCGGCAAGGACUUCCUUAGCGACCUGGGUGUCGAGCUGAUUGGUACUGGUGUGGAGUCUGGCCUCAACGCUGCCAUCUACAACCAGCGCGGCAGUCGCGGUCGCGGCAGCGGCCGUGGAAAGGACUUCCUCAGCGACCUGGGUGUUGAGCUGAUUGGUACCGGCGUUGGUGCCGGUCUUGAUGCAGCUAUCUACAACCAGCGCAGCGGUAAGGGUAACGGCAAGGGCAAGGAUAACGGCAAGGGCAAGGAUAACGGCAAGGGCAAGGAUAACAGCCAUGGAAAGAAGCCUAUUUUCACCGGACCUUUCCGCCCUGGACCUUUCAGCCCUGGACCUUUCAGCCCCCCUCCCUUCUACGACAUGCCUGAGGUCUACUUCUAA